AUGGCAGCCAUUCAUGAAGCUCAUGUAGAUCUUUCGGGAGCAAGUUACAGUGUGAGGAAUAAGGGUUCAUCUCCGUGGGCAGCAGCCUCAGGCCAGAGGCGGGUACUUGCCCCAGCAACCAGUCUGGGAGUUAAGUCAAGCCACGGUGGACACUACUUUGAGAACCUUGUUGAGGCCGAGACGAGGAAUGAUGCGACGAUACUCUUAAGAAUCUGUGUUGUGUUGGGGACGGUGGGGCGGACACCAGGUUGUUCCAGAUGUGGGGCUUAUUGUGGUGAGUGUGUCAGUGUGGCCCGCCCUGUGUGUACCUUGUGGAGCCCACGCCGUGCUUCCUCGGCUCCACAACCAAGUGAACAUCACCCUCUGCAACUUACAGAGAUCAACAAGGUGCGGGCUAACCUGUUCCACAUCAAUGGCGGCCAGAAGGAGCCCCUGUCGUUGCCAGAGCCCAUGGGAGCCCCCGUGACGCUCUCCGACAAGGUCUACGUUCCCGUCAAGGACCACCCAGAGUUCAACUUCGUGGGUCGAAUACUUGGGCCUCGGGGGAUGACGGCCAAACAGCUCGAGCAGGAGACUGGUUGCAAGAUCAUGGUGCGUGGCAAGGGCUCCAUGAGAGACAAAAAGAAGGAGGAGCAGAACCGUGGCAAACCCAACUGGGAACACUUGAAUGAGGAGCUCCAUGUGCUCAUUACUGUAGAAGACACAGAGAAUAGGGCCAAACUCAAGAUCCAGCGGGCUAUUGAGGAGAUCCGCAAGCUGCUCGUGCCAUCAGCUGAUGGUGAGGAUGAACUAAAGAAGCGGCAGCUGAUGGAACUUGCCAUCAUCAAUGGCACAUACAGAGAUUCUUCCAGUAAGAAUGCAGUGGCCUUUUUUGCCUCUGCCCAGAGCAGCCACUAUAACGGGGGUCGACUGUACCCAGUGAACGAAAUUGAGGGACUGGGUCAUCUUACAGGAGAUAUUCCACGACUGCUCGGUCCAGGGAUGACACUUCAAUCACCUCUGCGCACUACUACAUCCCUUGGUGGCCAUCCUCUCAUCAUGCCUACACGUAUCCAUGUUCCUACAACAACUGCAUUAUUAAAUGGAACUGGAAGCAUGCCUCCACCAUUAAUUGCUGCCGGUGAUGCUGCUGCUGGUCUGAUGUACGCCCCAUAUGCUGCUGCUGCUGAGUAUGCUGCUGCCAACUAUGCUGCCCUCAGCUCCCCCCUCCUCACUGAGUACCCCCCGGACGCUGCUGGUGUAGCAGUCAAGCAGCGGCGCCAUUUGGGCCAGGCACGGGAGCACCCCUAUCAAAGGACGGGUACGCUCUCGUAGGCCACAACCCAGCUGACCUGGCGCGUUGCUAACCCGCCCCGGGCUCCUUCUCUUGUGUCCCUCGUGUCACUACUGACCAGCACUGAGGCACCACCACCACCACUCCACCACCACCACCACUCACCCUAGGACACACCACUAACCGCGCUGCGCUCUGGGUGCCGCCGCAUCGCCCACCCAGCUCCAUGAUCGUCGGUACGUGCCCUCUUAGCCGCUUAAUGCCGCCCAAGAACAAGGGCAAGUUGAUGACCUAUGGGUCUUGCGGCUGCCCCACUGCCGAUCCGUGAAUGAGGGCGGGGCUUAUUACCUUCUGGGCGGGCACGAGGAAACUUGUCCACAUUUGUGGAGCCAACAUGUUCCUACUGCCUGCCCAUGGGGCAUGACAACCACCAGUUUGUCAACUAAACUUUAAAGUACUAACUUGUGUAGAAUUACUAAAUAGCACAACAAAAACCUCCUUCACAAAGUUCAAAGCAUUCCUAGGGUGGAAUAAUGCUCAGCUACAGGCAGCUCCUACUUAGAAUCUCGAGUAAUAAGAGGUGAUGAAUCAGUGAGAGGAAAUUAACUAUAUUUGUAUACUGCGUAAUGAAGUUUGAGUAACUUGAGACUGGUACUAUAUAAAGUGUGCAUUUAGAGAUGGUGCUAAUGUUAAGCUUGGUCACACAGCUUUAUCGUUAGGGUCUUUGUGUUGUUGGUGUUAUAUCUUUAUUAAAUAGAAUAGCAAAUAGUUGUUUAAAGAAUCUCGAUAGCUUCUAUUACAAAGUGUCAUAUAACAGGUUUGAGCCUUUAUCAAGUCUCAUUCUAUAAUAUGCGAUUCAAUGAAUUGAUUAAAUUAAAGUUCAUUCAUUGUAUAUUGGUUGAUAUUUUUGCCAAGAUACAGCAUAAGUGAUGUUGCAGUUUAUGAAUUUGAUUUAAACUGAGUGGUGAUAUGCAGAAGAUAUUUGCAGAAUUAAAAGAAAAUUAUCAAGAAAGAUUCAGAAGGCAUCAUAAAAUUGUGAACCAAGCACAAAUAAAUGUGAAUUUUUUAAGUACAAUAAUUUAUUAUGACUACACUAAUCUGACUGAUUAUUUUGUACAAGUUUGCAUAUAAGCUUUCCUUUGAGUUCUUAGUAGUUAAUUUAUGGAUUUUAAUUGGUUUGUAUACAUUUAUAAGUCCAAUAGGACAUAGAAUCUUUUGAUGAUGACAUAAUUAGUAUGCUAUAUUACCUUUUUGAGAUCUCAAAUGUAUUAAUGUACUGUAGUUGUCAGACUAUUGGAAAAGAAAUUCUUACUUUCAAAAAAUUUAUCACAUGUAAACAUUCUAAUUUAAGUCAAAUUAUGAAGUUGAAUACAAGUGCCUUGGUCUAGUUUGUACAGUAGUUCAACAGGACUUGAGAACUAUUAUUUUUGCCCUUUAAAAUUAUUUCCUAAGUUCUCCCAAAGUGCCUUCCAUAGUGGAGCCUAACAGACCUCUCAUAUAGAGUUAAAUGUGCCAAUAGGAGAUAAAAUUGUGCCACAAUAAGCAACUGAAUGCCUUGGUCAGGGACUCAACAUGGCUGAUCUUUUGUUUCUUGGACAUUAGUGGAAGCCUUGUUGCAGUGGUCUUUGAGGACUCAACUUGCUGAUUGUGAGGCAGUUAAUAAAUGAAUGUUAGCAGGUGAAGGUGUGACACUUAUGUACAUAGUUGUUCAUCAUCUCAUUAUUGUACUUAACCAUUUAUUGUACUUAAGCAUGGACUUAUGCAAUGACAAUUAAUUGAGAAGUAUUGUUGGGGUAGAAAGCCUAAUGUACGAAGGUCAUUUCUAUUUUAGUUUUCCCAUUGUCGCCGUUGUUUGUGCCAUACUUGGAUGUUUGGAAAGCAUCCAAGAUUCGCCUUCGUCUCAGUAUGUGCAAAUAUUAUUGUAAGUAGUUGUACUUACCAGAAUUAUCACAAGUAGUUAUAAGUAGUAUGUAAUAUGCAUUAACAUCAAACCAUUAUAGGGUGGAGGUUCCUUUUUCAUCACUUGUGGAUAAGCCGUUGUACGCAUAUGUGCCAAUUUUUUGCAUAGGAUACAAAUUCAGCCUUGUUAAAUAAUCUUCUCUUAUGUUGCCUUAUCUUGGUUGUGACUUCCUCAGAGCUCUAGUUGCUCCAGUUCAAGAUUUCUCUCUUACAAUCAUUUUUUUUCUCAUGCAUGUAAUUGGAUGUAUACUCAAAUGUAUACAAUAUUGUAUACUCUGAUUAGACUAAAAAGUGUUCAUGUUAACCUGGUAAGUGAACUAAAUGUAUAAUUAUUUAAGCACAAGAAUCUCCGUUUCUAGAUGUUAUUUUCGUAAGUAUGAAGGCCCCUCUUUGAGCUAUUUUUAUUUUACUUUAUUUCAUUUUUCUCUAUUUUUUUUAUUUUCAUAUGGAAAAUUUUCACUUUAAUUUCAUUAUUUAUAUGCAGUACAGUGCAGUAUAUAUAUAUAUAUAUAUAUAUAUAUAUAUAUAUAUAUAUAUAUAUAUAUAUAUAUAUAUAUAUAUAUAUAUAUAUAUAUAUAUAUAUAUAUAUAUAUAUAUAAUAAUAAUUUUUUUUUGUGCUACCCCAUUUAAAGUUGGUUAGUGAGGAGAACGUAGUUGCCAUCUGUCCCGUUCAGAAGUACCCACUGGUGAUGUUGACUCAGAUCCAGCCUUUUAUUUAAAGUACAUUUAACAACUAUUUUAAUUUCUGAGGUUUAUAUUUAUUUCUUUAUUUAGAUAAAUAUUACAUAAAAUAUGUAAAAUAGCAUAUUACAUGAUGAACUAUUAAUGUUUGGUGUGGGUGCAAUAUACCAGUGGCAUUGUCCUUUGGUUCCCAAAACAUUGUCCAUAGAGAUGGCAGUCUUGGGACACAUCUGAAUCAUUGUCAUUGUUGCUCAUGAUUCUUCAUUUCAGAAAAAAAAUUGUAAAUUAUAAUACAAAACAUUAAAUAAUUUCAUAAUAUGUGUUUUUACUAUUUUUAUUAAUAUUCCAACUUGUUUGGAAUAAAUCAGAAUUAGAAAUGACUGAUAUGAGACUAACUGUCAGGAUUUGCAUUACACAACAAGCUUAUGUAGGAAGAAAUUUACAUGUAUAUAUUUUUUAAUAUUAACUCAAUAUAAUCAUCUAAACCAAAAGUUAGAUUAAUCCAGAAGGCUUGUUACUGACAACCCUGGGAAUGGAUUUACUGAGACAGUGGACUACUGAUGCAACAUAGAAGCUGGACAAUGCACUUUAAUCCUCCUCAAGAUGCAGAAUGUAUUUCAUUUUAUAAUCUCCUAUUCUCUAUAAUAUAAAAUGUUUCGUACAAA